AUGUCUGGUGCACAGAUACUGCUUUUCCUGGGGAGCCUGACACGCAGGAAACCUCUGGAGCCUGAAGGAGAGGUAUCAAACUUUCGACGAUGCCUGACCACACUUGACUUGGUGGCCCUGGGGGUUGGAAGCACACUAGGGGCCGGUGUGUAUGUGCUGUCAGGAGAAGUGGCCAGGACAGUGGCUGGACCGAGUAUCAUAAUCUCCUUCCUGAUAGCUGCAGUGGCCUCUGUCUUUGCGGGACUGUGCUAUGCUGAAUUUGGAGCUCGUGUUCCCAAGACUGGUUCGGCCUAUCUCUACAGCUAUGUGACUGUGGGAGAGAUAUGGGCUUUUAUCACUGGCUGGAACUUGUUGCUGUCUUAUGUCAUAGGGACAUCAAGUGUGGCCAGAGCAUGGAGUGGGACCUUCGAUGACCUCAUUGGAAAUGUCAUUGCCAAGUCUCUGGGGAAACAGGCUGCCAUGGAUUUACCUGGAUUAGCUCCCUACCCAGACUUCUUUGCAGCUGGCCUAAUAAUGCUUUUGGCAGGAAUUCUUGCAUUCGGUGUUAAAGAGUCUGCCAUUGUAAACAAGAUUUUUACAGCAGUUAACGUCAUAGUGUUGCUGUUUGUUAUCCUCUCUGGCUUCAUAAAGGGAGACAUUGACAACUGGUACAUUGGUGAAGAUUUUCUCCUAAAUGCAUAUGAAAACUACACCUCAUUAAAUGAAACUAUCAGAUAUGGCAGUGGGGGAUUUUUCCCUUUUGGUUUUGAGGGGACAAUAGCAGGAGCAGCUACUUGCUUUUAUGCAUUUGUUGGAUUUGACUGCAUCGCCACAACAGGAGAGGAGGUUCAGAACCCUCAGAAGUCGAUCCCUCUUGGCAUCGUGGCGUCCCUCCUCAUCUGCUUCCUGGCUUAUUUUGGUGUAUCUGCUGCCUUGACUCUGAUGAUGCCGUACUAUUUGCUCAGUGCUAACAGCCCACUGCCUGUGGCCUUUACAUACAUUGGCUGGGGCCCUGCAAAGUAUGCGGUGGCUGUAGGAUCCCUCUGUGCACUGUCAACAAGCCUGCUAGGGUCAAUGUUCCCAAUGCCCCGUGUGCUCUUCGCUAUGGCCAGGGACGGACUUCUCUUCAGACCUCUCAGUAAAAUGAGUGACAGACAAAGUCCUGUCAUAGCUACACUGGCUUCAGGUGUUGUAGCAGCUAUCAUGGCGUUAUUGUUUGACCUGAAGGCAUUGGUUGACAUGAUGUCCAUUGGAACGCUGUUUGCCUACACACUUGUUGCAAUAUGUAUUCUCAUAUUAAGGUACCAAACAGAUCUCAGUGAGAAUUCAAGUUUGAGCAAACCAGAACCAUUUACAGUGAGUGGGGUAUUAUGGCCUCCUUCACAAGCCACCACACGGACAUCAAAAAAUACGUCUACUUUAGCUGUUUUUAUUAUCUUUCUGGCCAUCAUCCUAAGCAUAUUCAUAUCCAGGGCUGUGGACUCCCUGCAGGCCCUGGAUUGGUGGAGUCUGCUCUGUGUAUCCGUGAUCAUACUGAUGCUGGUCCUCAUUAUCCUGAUUAUCUGCAGACAACCACAGAGUACAACAAAAGCUGCUUUCAUGGUUCCAUUUGUGCCGUUGCUUCCUAUUUUCAGCACCUUUGUCAAUGUCUAUUUAAUGGUUCAACUUGGAUCAGACACAUGGAUCCGCUAUGCUGUGUGGAUGGCAGUAGGUUUAAUAAUCUACUUCGGUUAUGGUGUUCAUCACAGUGUGCAGAAACAAAGGCUUCAAAAUUCACACAACCACGUCAGCAUUCACAGCAUCACCACCACUAUGGAGCAAAACUUUGAACCUGGACAAGAUUUUGAUGGCUAG